AGAUUUCCUGACCCAACAACAAAAAGUUCUAUUGAGAAAAAAAUGUUAGUUUGGAACUUAUGAGGAAAGUCACCACUAAGACUGAUCUGAUGUAAUAUAUCACCUGUGACGAAAAUAACUCGCGCCAUAAAGUAACCAGACUAAAAAUUGUCAUUUCAAUACGAGUUUUGAUUGAUUUUACAAUCUGUGAUUUGGUUUAAAGGACUUAGGGGGAGAAACAAGAAUACUGAUCCACGAUUAGGACUUGGCCGGGCUAUCCGUCAGUUAUCGAGUUUAACUCGAAGUUGCACUGAGCUAGCUUUGUUUAGCAAGGAGAGAUCCCACCAUGGUUUCUACUUGGUCCACCGACAUAAGAUGGUCUAAGCUUCGUCAGUUUGAAUACGGAGAACCCAACAACCACCUCGGAGAAUUGAAAAAAUCUUUAAACACAGCUAGCGACGAAAGCGACGACGAAUGGUUGGCUCAGCUCGAGAGAGACUACGCCACAGCGAAGAGAAAUCAUCGAGCUUAUUGGACUUCUUUGGAGAGAGCAUUGACACUAGCGGUUAUCAUCUUCAUUAUUAUUACCAUAUCUUUAGUUUUUGUACUAAUAUUUAAACCGUAUAAUAUGGCCGUGGUAUUCGGUGGCAGUGGACACAAACCGGACAUCUGUGAGUCGCCAGGGUGCAUAGCUGCGACAUACAGUAUUUUAAAUCAUCUUGACAAAAACGUCAAUCCCUGUGACGACUUUUACAACUUUGCUUGCGGAAACUGGUUCAAGAGCAGUUUUAUUCCAACCGGGCACUCCAAAUGGACAGCUUUUCAUCGAGUUUCGGACAACAAUCUGAUAAUACUGAAGAAACUUCUCGAGAACAAACAGCUCGGCUUAAAUGGAAGUUCUACAGUUUUGACGAAAGUGCGAGAUUAUUUUGCUGCUUGCAUGAAUAAAUCCGUGAUUGAAAAACGAGGCGCAGACCCUGUCAAGGAACUUAUUCACUUUGUAGGUUCGUGGACGAUAACCAACGCCUCAGAGGUUGGACCCUGGUCACCAGAGUCGUGGAAUUUCGAGCAGGCCCUUAGUAGAAUUCACAGAUUGAAAAGUAUGCCUUUGUUUUAUAUGUUUGUAUCGGCUGAUGACCGGAAUUCGAGCCAAAACAUCAUACAGGUUCAGCAAGCUGGCAUAACACUAUCAGACAGAGAUUAUUACUUCCGGAAUGAAUCAGAUAAGGUCUUGCAGGCGUACAAAGAGUUCAUGGUCAAGGUGUGUUUACUCUUGGGAGGUGAAAUUAACAGCACACGGCAUCAGAUGGAGGAAGUGUUUCAACUCGAAAAGAAAUUAGCCAAAAUUUACGAACCAAAAGAUCGACUCAGAAACAUGGAGCAGAUUUAUCACAAAAUGACGGUAGCUGAACUUCAGCAGCUUGCACCAGCGAUUUCAUGGUUGGAUUACAUGAAUGCGAUGUUUAGCAGCCCGGUCACUCAUCAGGAGUAUGUGGUGGUUUAUACCCCAGAAUACUUGAAAAACAUGUCGAAUCUUGUCAUUAGAACGGAUCGAAGGAUUUUAGCAAAUUACAUGGUUUGGCAUCUCAUCAAGCCCCUAAUCGGGGAAUUGUCCAAACCGUUUCGUGAUGCUUCGCUGGAAUUGUUAAAAGUUGAGAAAGGAGUGGAGACCGGGGCUCCACCUUGGAAGAGCUGUGUCACAAAGACUAACUCGGUCAUGGGGUUUGCUACAGGAUACUUGUACAUUAAGGAAAGAUCAGGAAAAAAUGCGAAGAAACAGGCGGAAGAAAUGAUAACUGAGAUCAAAGGGGCUUUUAAAGCAAAUUUACCCCAUGUGAAGUGGAUGGACGAAGAAACGAGAGAGAAGGCUUUAAACAAGAUUACGGCAACUUUCGACAUGAUCGGUUACCCAAAAUGGAUAGAAGAUCCAGAAAAACUCGACGAAUACUACGAAAAUCUCACAAUAGAUUCCGAAAAAAGCUUCGAGAAUUAUCUAGAGGCCAGACGAUUUUUCCACAAUAAGUCCAUAAACAGACGACGAAAGCCAGUGGACAGGCGAGAAUGGCAUAUGACUCCUGCCGACGUCAACGCUUACUAUAACUCGCCAAACAAUUACAUAGCUUUCCCAUCAGGAAUUCUUCAACCUCCAUUCUUUGAUCCGCAAUUUCCACAGUCAGUUAAUUAUGGCGCAGUUGGAGUGGUAAUGGGACAUGAACUCACCCAUGGAUUCGACGAUCGUGGUCGGAUGUUUGAUGAACAUGGUAAUCUGGCCAGCUGGUGGAACAACCAAUCAGUGAAAGCCUUUCAAGAACACGCCUCAUGUAUGGUGAAACAAUAUGGCAACUUCACUGUUGCUGGAAAGAACGUCAAUGGAAAGCAAACACUUGGCGAGAAUAUAGCAGACAACGGAGGGCUCAAGCUUUCCUACACAGCUUACCAGAACUGGGUCGCGAAAAAAGGCAGAGAACUGAAUCUACCUGGCUUAAAUUUCACUCCGGAGCAAUUGUUUUUCCUUGGAUUUGCUCAGGUAUGGUGUUCAGCAAGUUCAGACGGGCGGGCCCAGCAUGCUUUGCUGACUGAUGUACACAGUCCUGAGAAAGUGAGGGUUCUAGCAGCAGUUUCCAACUCAAAGGAGUUUGCAGAGGCUUUUAAUUGUCCUGUCAAUAGUUCUAUGAAUCCGAUAAACAAGUGUCAUGUCUGGUGAUGCUUUAAAUUAAAUGGCAAUCAGG